CAGCAGGCGGGGCUCGGGAGGGGAGCUGCCGGAGAGGCUUCGAAGGCAGCCAGAGAGAGAGAGCCCAGCCGAUGGCCCUCGCUGUCGUCGCCGCCGCCGCCGCCGCCGCCAGGCUUCUCCUGCUGCUCAGCGGCGCGCUCCUGGCCCCGGCCAGCCCCAGCCCCAGCCCCAGCCCCAGCUCCGCAGGUGCAGGACCCAUCCCAGGGGAGGAUUCCUCCUACGAUGUCGUCUUCCCGGUCAAGGUGGACGAGCGCGGACGCUUCCUCUCCUUCAACCUCUCCCACCGGCUGCUCUCCAAACGGGACGUUUCCCCCCGGAGCCGGCCCUUCGCCUUCUACCGGCUCCAGCAUGAGGGGCAGCCCCUGCGGUUCAACCUGACCCUCAACAGCCGCCUCCUGGCCCCCGGCUUCCUCAGCGAGAGGCGAUACGGAGGCAUCGCGCACGCCAGCAUCCGGUCAUACAGCCACAACUCCUGCCACAUGAUCGGGUCGGUGCGGAACCAGGAGCGCCAGAGCGGUCUGGCCGCCCUCAGUGCGUGCGAUGGCCUGAAAGGUGUCUUCCGGCUGGCUAAUGAAGACUUCUUUAUCGAGCCGCUGGAGACAAGCAAACCAAGGGAAAACACAGCCCAUCCUCACAAGAUAUACCGACGCCACGUCCCGGAGUACGAGGCAGAAGAGUUUAUUUCGGUAGUGAGCCAGAAAGCGCCUGCCCUGUCCAGGAUGUGUGGGGUGCGAGAAAGUCUUGAGGACACUGAGAAGCGGAGAGAAAAGUGGGAGGAGAAGCAGCGGAGGAAACGCCGGAUCAAGCAGCGCUCGGUGAGCAAGGAGAAGUGGGUGGAGACGCUGGUGGUGGCUGACACCAAGAUGGUGGAGUACCACGGCAGCGACCACGUGGAGAAAUACGUCCUGACCGUCAUGAACAUGGUGGCUGGUUUGUUCCACGACGCCAGUAUCGGGAACCCGAUCCACAUCUCUAUUGUGCGUCUUAUCUUUCUGGAAGAGGAGGAGGAGGAUCUUAAAAUUACCCAUCACGCAGACAACACCUUGAGAAGUUUUUGCAAGUGGCAGAAGGCCAUGAACAUCAAAGGAGACACUCACCCGCUGCACCACGAUGUGGCCAUCCUCCUCACAAGGAAGGACCUCUGCACAGCCAUGAACCACCCCUGCGAGACACUGGGCCUGUCUCACGUCUCAGGCAUGUGCCAGCCACACCGGAGUUGCAACAUCAACGAGGACACAGGCCUCCCUUUGGCCUUCACUGUGGCCCAUGAGCUGGGACACAGUUUUGGGAUUCAGCAUGACGGAAGCGGCAAUGACUGUGAGCCAGUUGGGAAAAGACCUUUCAUCAUGUCUCCACAGCUCCUGUACGACACUUCGCCACUCACCUGGUCCCACUGCAGCAGGGAGUACAUCACCCGCUUCCUGGACCGGGGCUGGGGGCUUUGCCUGGAUGACCCACCGACGAAAGAUGUGAUCGACUUCCCCUCUGUUCCUCCCGGAGUCCUUUACGAUGUCAGCCACCAAUGCCGGCUCCAGUACGGACCUUACUCCACCUACUGCGACGAUAUGGACAGCGUCUGCAACACCCUCUGGUGCUCCGUGGGGAACACCUGUCACUCCAAGCUGGACGCGGCUGUUGACGGCACCAAAUGUGACGAGAACAAGUGGUGCUUCGGUGGCAGUUGCGUCCAUGUGGGCUACCGCCCAGAGUCCACCAAUGGCGGCUGGGCAGCCUGGGGCCCCUGGGAGGGCUGCUCUCGGACUUGCGGAGCCGGAGUGCAGAGCGCAGAGCGGCAGUGCAACAGCCCCACGCCGAAGUACGGCGGGAGAUAUUGCCUGGGAGAACGGAAACGCUUUCGGGUUUGCAGCACCCAGUCAUGCCCCUCAGACAAGCCAUCUUUCCGGCACAUUCAGUGCGGCCGAUUUGAUGCCUGGCCCUACAAGGGGAAGUUCUACAAAUGGACUCCAGUUCCUAAUAACAGUAGCCCCUGUGAAUUGCACUGCCGUCCGGAGAAUGAGUACUUUGCUGAGAAGCUCCGGGACGCUGUGUUUGAUGGAACCCCCUGUUAUGAAGGGAAGUCCGCCCAUGAUAUGUGCAUCAAUGGGAUCUGCAAGAAUGUUGGCUGUGACUAUGAAAUAGACUCCUAUGCGGUGGAAGAUCGGUGCGGCGUUUGCCGAGGAGAUGGGUCCAGCUGCCAGACCGUGAAGAAGACCUUUGAGGAGCGUGAGGGGCUGGGAUACGUCGAUGUUGGAUUGAUCCCGGCGGGAGCAAGAGAGAUCCAGAUCGAGGAGGUGGCCGAAGCAGAGAAUUUUCUGGCCUUGAGGAGCGAGGAUCCAGAGAAGUACUUCCUGAACGGCGGUUGGACCAUCCAGUGGAAUGGCGAAUACAAGGUAGCUGGGACAACCUUCACCUAUGAGAGGACAGGAAACUGGGAGAACCUCACUUCUCCAGGACCCACGGAAGAACCAGUGUGGAUUCAGCUCCUGUUCCAGGAGAAGAACCCAGGCGUCCGCUAUCAGUACACCAUUCAGAGGGAAUCUGAGAAUAAGAAUGAGAUUGCUCCCACCCAGUUCUUCUGGCAGUACGGACCAUGGACCAAAUGCACUGCCACCUGCGGGACAGGGGUUCAAAGGCAGGUUGUGCGCUGUGUGGAGAUCAUAGCUGGGGUCGUGGAAGAGCGGUACUGCAAGGGGCUCAUCCGGCCAGAUGACAAGCAGAGGAGCUGCAGUGAGGAACCCUGUCCGGCCAGGUGGUGGACAGGUGAAUGGCAGGCAUGUUCUGCUACUUGCGGAGACACCGGACUGACCAAGAGAACAGUGCUCUGCAUCCAGAGUGUGGGCCUGGAUGAACAGAAGGCCCUGCAGCCCAUCAGCUGCCAGAACCUCCCCAAGCCGGACGCCACGGCUCCCUGCAACCGAGAGGUCUCCUGCCCUGCCAAGUGGGUCAUGGGCAACUGGUCUGAGUGCUCAGUCACCUGUGGGAGUGGAGCACAAAGACGGCCCGUUUACUGCCCCCGUGAUGCCAGAGCCAGCUGCGACCUCUUGCAAAAGCCAACAUCUGAAAUUGCCUGUUCGUUGCCACCCUGCCAGAAUCGGGUAGAAAACGCCAUUCCGGACUGGUCUGGUAGCGGUUCCUCCAGCCGGGAACUAUACAACGAGAUCAAUUUCAUCCCUGACCAUCACAUGCCCAAAUUGAGCCCUUCCUUGCCCAGAUCGGAAGACCUCAACAUCAUCACGGAGGAAGACUUUUCAUCCCCCAAUAACAAUAAAAAGGGGAAUGUGUUUGUGGAUGAUUUUUACUAUGAUUAUAACUUUAUCAAUUUCCAUGAAGACCUGUCUUACGACCCAAUCGGUGAAGAAGAUAGUAGGAGAAGAGAGGAGAUUCCAGAUGUUGGGGAAAAGACUGUUAACCAUAGAAAGGAGGAUUCUCCAGAAAGCCACCCCACUUUUUUCCAGACUGUGAAGCCAGAAGAGAGAAUGAAGAACAGAAGUUUGCAACCUCCAGCUACCAAGCAAAACAAUAAAGAAGAACCUGUUAAGGUUGAGGAGAGCAGUACUCAUGUCAAUUUGCCAGAUUCCCUUGGUUCUGUUGUUGAUUCCUCAGUCAUUCCAGGGCAAAGGGAAGGCACCCAUGUGCCCCUCCUGGAAGAUUAUCCGUCCCCUUCAGCAGCCGCAAGACAUUUCCCUGACAGCAAGAGCGAUCAUCCAUCCACCAAAGAGACUCAUGAAAACCUUUCCACCAGCAGACUUUCCAAAGAAAAUGUGGUGUCUCCAACCUCCUUUCCUUCCUUGGCAAUUCUGACUCCAAGGAUGCCUUCUGGCAAGGACAAUGAGAAUGAGUCUGCCACGUCACAUCUUGACACCAGGAUCCAAGAUCCCAGGAGCUCAACAUUUCCUGGUCAAGGCAACAGCUUGUGGAAGACAACCGAAGGAAGCAAGGAAGAGCCAAGUUAUACUGCUAGGGCCCCUGCUAAUGCUGGAGAUGACUCAGGUACUGCUCACAAAAUGACAGAUGUCCAGAUCGGUUCAGUCACAACAGUGGACCCAAGAACAAGUUGGUGGCCUUUCCAAGACUUCUAUCAGCUGACACAUUCUGCAGAAACCACCCCUGCCAUAUCUGUCCAGAACACGAAAGAGACUAGCAGAGGCCCUGAUAACAACAUGAAUCUACACAGUUCAGAAAACAACAUGACGCACUAUGUGGCAGGCGCACAGGACUGGCAGCGUAAUCCUUCUGGCGCCUUGGAGCCCACAGAUGCACUGCCUGGCACAGCUGACCAUCCUGGCCAGGUGCCUCUCCUCACUUCUGCAAAUGGGCUACCUGGAGCCCAGAGACAGAGGCUCCCAUCUCACAGCCCAAACUCAAUGAGGCUGCAGCCGUCUGCUGAGCCAACAACUCUGGAGCAGGUCUCAACGUCCUCUAGUUCUUUUCUUUCUAUGCCAGCUGCCCCAAGGUGGAAGGAAUCCAGUGAGAUUAAGACAGACGUGGACAGUAUGGAUCUCAGGGGCAGAAACAAAGGUUCACCCAGUGAAGUCAACUGGGACUUUGCUGGUCCCCAUGGAAGACUUGGGCCCAGUGUUACAACUGCAAAGCAAGUGGUAUCCCCUGUGGCACCAUCUCCUAUUGUGGCAGCUGCUUUCAAUGCCAGCUGGGAAGCUGGAAACUGGAGUGAGUGCUCCACCACCUGUGGCCUGGGAGCCAUCUGGAGGGCUGUGAGCUGCAGCACUGGAAGAGAGGAUGACUGCACCGCAGCCAGAAAGCCUGUUCCAGCCCGAAGGUGCUACCUGAGGCCAUGUUCCACUUGGCGUAUGGGAAAUUGGAGCAAGUGCUCCAGGGCUUGUGGAGGUGGAAUGAAGGUCCGGGACGUCCAGUGCAUCGACACCCGAGACCAGCGGCCCCUUCGCCCCUUCCACUGCCAGGCCAUCCCUUCUAAGCCGCCAUCGCAGAUGCCCUGCCAGACCAACCCAUGCCUCGGCUGGUACACAUCUGCCUGGAGAGAGUGCUCUGAGCUGUGUGGAGGAGGAGAGCAGGAGCGCCUGGUCACGUGUCCUGAAUUUGGGAGGUGUGACGAAGCCCUCCGGCCGAACAACACAAGGCCUUGCAACAUCCAUCCAUGCACCAAGUGGACGGUGGGACCCUGGGGCCAGUGCACGGCCACGUGUGGCGGGGGCAUCCAGAGGAGGCAAGUGAAGUGUGUGAACACCAAGACAGGGGAGGCGGAAGAAGACCGGAGCCGGUGCGGACAUGAGCGCUGGCCAGAGAACAUCCAGAAAUGCAACCCUCAGGACUGUAGUCUAACCGAGUCAGGUUUUGUCUGUGAGCGCGACCGGCUCUCCUUCAGCUUCUGCCAGACCCUGAGGCUUCUGGGCAGGUGCCACCUGCCCACCGUCAGCGCCCAGUGCUGCCAGACCUGCCACCAACACGAUGCCCAGGGUCACCGGGAGCGCGGGGAGCAGCGUGCCUCCCGGAAGUGAAGGCUGCCUCUCCCCAUUUGUGAGGAUCAAGUGCCUCAGAGGAGGACGCCUCCCUCCGGCACGUUGCCUGGGGCCCUUCCUCUGGUUCAGGAUCCUGCAUGGUGCUCUUAUGCGCACAGGCAUUUUCUUGUUCAGUUUGGUGCUCUGCUGGGGCCCUCCUCAUCCUCUCCUCAGACUGCCGACAUGAAGCCUCCUGCACCUGGAAAUGCACAGCCCAAGAAGGUCGCCCCAGUGGUCUCCUGCAUCCAGGGGUGCCGGCAUACCUUGCAUUUGAACAGGGAAACAGCCCUCCCGGGGAGAGCAACGCUUCUGAGGCCAUCUCAGAAGGGUCUUUGGUGCUAUUACGCAUUUGCCUCCAUUCAGGUUUCACUUGGUGUUGGCGGGCCAGCACAAAACUCUUUUGACUGUUGUUUUUUUUAAAAACAUUAUUUUUAUACUUUACACGGUUGAGCAUCUAGCAUUCUGGAGGGGGUACAUUUGAUCAUGUAAGUUGCAUUGACUGCGUGGAGCAAGGUUUUUUCCUUAUCUUUGUCGAUACAGCUCAACUGAACCUUUCUCCACUUCAAAUUUGCUGAGAGAGUUCCUCUGGUUGUUGUUGGACUGCAGCUCCAAUGGCAGGGAGUGUUAGCAAGCUAUCCCAUGAAUCCUCUACAUGCAAUUUAUAUGCUUACAAGACAUAACCUAGUAAAUGAGCAUUUGCUAGUUAAUCAAACAGGCUUCUAUCAGUCAUAUUUCUAACACAAUUCCAGCUAGGCUGUGCAAAGACAAGUUCAUGUUGUUGAAACAAGAGAAGAGUGUUGCGCUUGGGAAUGGCUGGCCAACUCUCCCUUUGCAGAGCAGGGUAGUCUCUCCCUUGCCCUUUCCAGAACAAGAGACAAAGAGUAUUUAAAGAUUAGAGAGAAGUCGGGUUGGUCAGUGUCUGGUCCUUGGAGGGUGCCUUGAGAUGUAAUUUAGCUCAGAAACAUGGUCUGUGGGGCAACAUCCCAUCCUAGUGAGUGGCAGCUGGAGAGUCAUUUGAGACAAAGGCUGUAUUGCAACAUCCAUUAACAUCUCUGUGCAAUCAAUAAACCAUCACUGGAUUGUGGCUGUGGCUUCAUUUCACUUUGAAGCUGGUUGAGCUGGGACCCAAGUGGUGGAUCAGGAUGCCAGAACUGUUACAUUGGCUGUGACUGAUGGGAGUUGUCAUCCAAUAACAUCCAGAGGCUCAUGCGUUCCCUACAUCCUGGCUACAGUGGGACCAAUACUGUGUUCUUGAAGCUGGUUUGGUUUUGACCGGAGGAGCAAACUUCUCUGCCUUGUCUGUGAUUUCUUUUUCUAAUUAUGUCCUUAUGGUCUCUGAGGGUGAAUGCUCUCUGCCCUGAAGGCCACCAAUGUUGUUCACGCUGUCCAAGUCUAACAGCAGCCACAUCUUCUUUUCUCCCUAUCUCAGGAAAUGUUUCUUAACCUUGAAUCUGCAUUUCCUACACUUGUCAUCCAUAUUAAUAUCUCCACUAGCAGGAGGCCUCUGUCUAGUUUUCCUUUCUACCAUUUUUUGAUUUCUAGUGUACAUUGAUGGUGAGGGAGCAGCUCAAAGGAUCUUGCUGUGUUUUGGGCUCUACAAAUUGUGUAGUUCAGCUUUAUUAUUACAUGUAUUCUUUGUCUGAGUCUCAAAAGCUAGGCCAUGGUCCUUCUGUGGGGGAACUCUGUGAAAUUCUACAGAUGUGCAACUUACAUUCUCUUGAAAUCUUUUAAAAUGAGUAUCAAUGCAUGACAGAUAAAGCUGUUUUUCAGGAGGGAAACCAAGAAACACCAGAGCAAGAUAUUCACUGGUUGUCUCUCUGCCCUAGGCGGGAGACCAUUUGAAGGCACAUGCGUCCAUACAUGUCUUUAUGUAUCACCUAUGGAAUAUCUUUAACUAUUAACCACAGACGUGAAAGAAUUCAAAUACCCCCUCCUCCUUUUGGGAAGGAAUACAAUGGAAGAACCUGGUUAUAAUUUUGAUUUUUUUAAAAGAGAUGACUAUAGCUCUCAAGUGUGUUAAAUUAAAUUAUCACAAAGAAAGA